GUGGGAGUCUUGGAAAGCAAAAUUAUUUGUCUGUUAAAGGGACUUUGAAUACUUGUUACUUUUGACAAAAAAGUCCAUAGAUCUAUUUCACAAACUAUUUUGCAAUUCACUGCCCAACUUUUCAAAAGAUAACAAGUCUUAACAUGAGAUUUAAUUGUGUUUUGGCAAAAAGGAAAUUAUAAUUCUACAGUAACGUUAUGUAGGUGCACUAAUUAUGAAAGCCGACUGUUGAAGAACCUAACAGAUCUAGAGAUAUCCUUCAGAAAAGGAAAGCUGAGGCCACAACCAGGGCUGUCUUACAUACUAGUCCCGUUUGAAGUUAGACAGAACUAGAAUUGAAUCUAAAACAAAAUUGGUAAAGAACUGUUAUCCACUUUGGCAACAGUAUAUUUUACAGGGUGUCGGUUGUGAAAAUAAAGAGCUGGGUACCAGUGCCUCCAACAUGUCAGCAGUCCGAUACAACCAGGGAUUUGAGUUUGAAGAUGGUUUCAGUGAUGACAUGGAAACCAAAGUGCAAAUAGAUGAUGGGAAAAUGGAAUGUGUUGGACCAGACACCUGGUACAAUCAGAUCAAGAAAAUAAUUGCACCUUAUGUAAUGUCCUUCUGGUUUAGGAUUUUUGGUAUCGUACUUAUAAUUGUUGAUGUUGUUCUUGUUAUUGUGGAUUUGUCAACUGCAAAUAAAAGUAAGCCUUUUAGACACGGAAUUGUAGGUGUGUCGUUGGCUAUAUCGUUCUUCUUCGUUAUUGAUGUUCUCCUGCGAAUCUUCGUGGAAGGGUUCCGUGUGUAUUUUCAUUCCAAGCUUAAUAUCUUGGAUGCUGUUAUUGUGGUGGUGACUCAGGUUAUUACAAUGGUGUAUGCCUUUUCUGAUUUGAGUGGAGCAACUCUCAUUCCCAGGGUGGUGACUGUCUUUCGUGUUCUUCGAGUUGUCAUCUUGGUUAGAAUUUUUCGGCUUGCCUCACAGAAAAAGCAUCUUGAAAAGGCCACAAGACGAAUGGUGUCUGAAAAUAAAAGACGCUAUCAAAAGGAUGGAUUUGACUUGGACCUCACUUACAUUACUGAUCGAGUUAUUGCCAUGUCAUUUCCUUCCUCUGGGAAACAGUCAUUAUACAGAAAUCCAAUCGAGGAAGUUGCAAGAUUUUUUGAUACCAAGCACAAAGAUCACUACAAAGUCUAUAACCUCUGCAGUGAAAAGGGCUACAACCCAAGAUUCUUCCAUUACAGAGUAGAGAGAGUUUUCAUUGAUGACCACAAUGUACCUGCUCUGGAGGACAUGCUGAAAUUUACAGCUAAUGUUCGGGAUUGGAUGGCAGCUGAUGAGAAAAAUGUUAUAGCAAUUCAUUGCAAAGGUGGUAAAGGCAGGACAGGAACAAUGGUCUGUACAUGGUUGAUUGACAGUGAUCAAUUUGAGAAUGCAAAGGAAAGUUUGGAUUACUUUGGUGAGAGAAGAACUGAUACAAGUGUCAGCUCAAAAUUCCAGGGUGUGGAAACUCCAUCCCAGAGCAGAUAUGUUGGCUAUUAUGAAGUAAUGAAAAAUGAGUACAAACGGCAGCCCCCACCUCCAAAGAAACUAAAAAUGAAAAGCAUCAGAAUUUAUUCAAUUCAUGGCGUCGGUAGGAACAAUGGCAGUGACUUGAAGGUUGAAAUUAUUGUGAAGAAGGUGCUUGUAUUUCAGUGUGUUUGUGCAACACAAGAAAAUUGUAAGCUGUUCUUUGAUGCUGGAAGUAACUCUGCAAUAAUUAGCUUGGAGAAUGGGCCUGAAGUGAGUGGUGAUGUUAAAGUCAGAUUUGAAUCUAAUGGGGGCCUACCAAAAGGUUAUGAUGAUUGUCCAUUCUACUUUUGGUUCAACACAUCUUUCAUUGUAAAUAAUAGACUCUGCUUGUCCAGGGAUGAACUUGACAACCCCCACAAGCCAAAAACCUGGAAAAUCUACAGUGAAAAAUUUGCAGUUGAGGUGAAUUUUGAUGAUCCUGAUUCCAGUUAAAAUAGUACCACCUCAGGAACAGAAUAAGCAGAGAACGACUCCAGGCAGUUUGUAAUGUAAAUAUUAUUUUGGGAGUCUGGUACUGCCUUCAGUGGGGAGGAGGGGAGAGACAAUAUAGUGGGAACUUCUACUUGCUGCAAGAUAUUCCAAUUUAAGAACUUUUUGUACUGAAAGGAAAAACUAUUGGAAAAUGGUCAAAGUCAUUGUUCUGGUGUGGCAGCCUACCCUCUUGAUGUCGAACCUUUUUCAGCCUAUUUUUCCUUAAGAUUGCCAGUGUUGUAUUUACCUCAAAGAGGGUUGAUUAUCAAUGAUCCCAGGACUGGAUUAGAUUUUUUUAAAAAAAAAACUUUGAUAUUUUUACCUGUCCAGUGCUUUCUUUUCUGACGAAUAUGAACAAUCAGCAAUGUAACAACAGCAUUAAUAAAAUGCAAUUUUCCCCCCUGCCCCUCACCCUUUAAGCGAUUUUAAAAAUGUUUUGAUUUGUCCUCUGACACUUCAGGCGCCUGAAUGUAUUUUAUCCAUCACUGUGCUGUAUUUGGGCAAAAGAUUCCAACCACAGCACUGCACCUGUGGAUAGGAAAGGAGCAAGAAGCCUGCACAGUACAGGCAGCAAUGUAAUUAUCCUACUAACUGUGAUCUAACUGUUUAUAUUUGCUUAAUGAAGUGGUAUUUCUGUCUGCUACAAACCUUGAGCCUAGGUCACAUUCAAUGGAACUUUGUAAAUUUCUUGUCUGAUUUCUAGCAAACAAAAACAUGAUUGUAGUAUGGGUGAUAAUGUUUGUUCAACUGUUAUAAAAAUGCAUCUACCACUGUAGAGUUCUUGAAUUUCUCAAUAAAUAGUAAAAUACAGAUUUCUUAGUUUGAGAUUUCUCCUAGCCAUUGUAGCAGCUAUUAAUUGAUAUU